AUGGUCGCUGCAUUUAAUCAAAGAGCUAUAAUUGUACAUUAUAGGUCUUUGAUUUAAUGACACAUCACACGGAAAACCGAUAAAAAUAAUUUUUACAAUUACUUGAUUUGAAAAAAUUACAUGAUUCAUUUGUUGGGGCUCCAGUUGAAACAAAUGCAGAAAAUCGUCUUUGCAACCCGACUGUACAAAAAAGAAAAAAAUGGACCGGCAACCACGAAUGAUAAAGAAAACCGGAGUGGCACUGUUUAUUAAAUCGGUCUUUUAAAAAACGUUUCAAAAUGAAAUUUUGUUUACAUCAGAAGAGAACAUAUAACUUUAUACAGUAAUGUAGUUGCUUAUUGAAGUACAACGUAAGUGAAAUGAAAUAUCCGUGGCCAACCCGCGUGACGUUUUGGUACUAUACAUGCGGGAAAUUCGAUCUCAGCGUUCAAAUAACGUACACAUUCGGUCCGCGGCAGAUUAUUCUUUAAAUACUGAGGCUGUUUAGCAGAGAAUAUGUGUCGUGUAACUCACUUUGACGCAUUGUAUUUUAUAGAAUUCCGUCAAAGAUUGAGGAAACAUCACAAAGUAUCUGCCGUGUAUACGGUAUCGAAGUCACGUGCGUUGGCUUUUAGACUAGUUACCCACACGGUGUCAGUGCCUCGUAUUAUCUCGGAAAAACAUCGAAAUUUAAACAAAAUACUUGCUUGGCUAUCAUGUGACAGUAUAUAAUCACACACCCGGACCAUGUCACCAAAUACCAGGUGUAGAACAUGGUGCGGAGGAUAUGGAAACUUUACCAAAUGGGAUGACAUUCAUUACAGCGGGUUUCAAAUGGUCCAUUGGCUCUCCCCACUUUUCACAGUUGUACACAGAUCACGGUAGAAAAGGGAGGAUACUCUUGUUUAACUUCAAUACCCCAGAAAAGGGAGUUACAGAACUUAGUUUUGAUGAAGACUUUGACCAGUCCACAUUUCAUCCUCAUGGUAUAAGUGUUAUUCAGAAUAAGGAUACAGGAAAAAUAACUCUUUUUGUUGUGAAUCAUACACCAGAUGAAGACAGAAUAGAAAGGUUUGAGUUUAUUGAAGAAAAGAUGAUGCUUGAGCAUGAACUCUCUUAUAUUGAUGAAGCAAUAAAUAUAGCCAAUGAUGUAGCUGCUACAAGCGAAAACAGUUUCUACUUCACAAACUAUUGUUAUUCACGAUCUUCUCUUGGUUACCUGAUUGAGGCCAUUGUUUUGCUACUUCCCUGGGGAAAUGUUGUAUACUUUGACGGGGCUCAUUAUUCUGAGGUUGUGGAUGGACUACUUAUGCCAAAUGGAAUAUUGUUAUCAAAAGAUAAGAAGUAUGCUUAUGUAGCGAAUGGAAUAUUGUCUUCACUUAGUGUAUUUGAAAGAGAGGCAAAUAAUCAUCUGGAAAUUUCACAGGAGUUCCAGUUACAUGCUAGUCCAGAUAAUUUUUUGAUUGAGCCUAAAUCGGGAAAUCUUCUUGUUGGUGUUCAUCCAGUUCUGCACCAAACUGGUGCACAUUUAGAAGCACCAGAUUUACACAGGGCACCCACUAAGGUGUUGAUGGUACACAUGAAGAACAGCAGCUUUGCAGAUGGUAUUACAGAACUGUAUUCCGACGAAGGAAAUAAUAUAUCUGCUGGCUCAGUGGCAUCAGUUUAUGAUAAUAAAAUGCUUAUUGGUUCUGUGGUUGAUAAAUUGUUAUAUUGUGAAGUGCGGACUUUAGAAUAAGGUGGAUUUAUUUCUCAAUCGACAGACUGGCCUCAUUUUUCGUACAUUGACUAGGAUGAUUGAAAAAAGAAAGAAAUUUAUAUCUGGUAAAAUGUUUUCAGUAGUAGUUUGGAAGUCAACGCAUAUUUAUUUUGAUUAAAUUUUUGUUCACCGUUUCUGACAUCAAAGUUAUGAAAUUCUGUUUAAGUAUUAAUAUCCCAUUUCUGCAAAAGGAAUGCAUCAUUUAAUAAUUUUAAAAGUAUUUGAUGUGACAAAACUAAUUUUCUAACAUUUGCAGAUCAUUUAAAUUUUCAGGGGUUUUCAAAACUACAUAAAAGAUUGCAUUUUAAAGGUUCCAUUGGUUGUUGAAGUAUGUUUUGAAAACGUCUUUCAUUGUUUAAGUUUUAUUGUGCCCCCCUUCGAAGAAGGAGGGGUGUAUUGUUUUGCAGAUGUCUGUCGGUCGGUCGGUCGGUCCGUAUGUAGACCAAUCCGUUUCCGGAUGAUAACUCAAGAACGCUUGGGCCGAGGAUCAUGAAAGUUGAUAAGAUGGUUGGUCAUAAACAGCAGAUGAUGCCUAUUGAUUUUGAGAUGAGUAGGUCAAAGCUCAAGGUCACAGUGACCCAGAACAGUUAAACGGUUUCUGGAUGAUAACUCCAGAACGCUUGGGCCUAGGAUCAUGAAAGUUGAUAGGAUGGUUGGUCAUGACCAGUACAUGACCCCUAUUGAUUUUGAGAUCAGUAGGUCAAAGGUCACAGUGACACAGAACAAUUAAACGGUUUCCGGAUAACUCGAGAACGCUUGGGACUAGGAUCAUGAAAGUUGAUAGGGAGGUUGGUCAUGACCAGCAGAUGACCCCUAUUGAUUUUGAGGUCAGUAGGUCAGAGGUCAUGGUCACAGUGACCAGGGACAGAUUAACGGUUUCCGGAUGAUAACUCAAGAACGCUUGGGCCAAGGAUCGCGAAAUUUGAUAGGGAGGUUGGUCAUGACCAGCAGAUGACCCCUAUUGAUUUUGAGAUCGUUUCCAGCCGAUAACUUGAGAACGCUUGGGCAUAGGAUAACAAAAUUUAAUAGGGAGGUUGGUUAUGACAGCAGAUGACCCCUAUUGAUUUUGAGGUCUGUAGGUCAAAGGUCAAGGUCACAGUGACCCGGAACAGUUAAAAUGUGUCCUGACGAUAACUUGAGAAUGCUUGGGCCUAGGAUAACCAAACUUAAUAGAGAGGUUUGUCAUGAACGUAAGUUGUUCGUAAGUCGGUAUCACAGUACCUACUAAUUGUAAUGGAUUGAAACUUCACGCAUUUGUUCACUGUGAUAUGAUAGUUUAACAUGCAAUUCAAAAUAAUGCCCUUUUCUCAGCUUUGCUAAUCUUUGUUUAAGUUGGUUUCUUAGUAUCCGCAGGUUUAUUAUUUCUGCUCUGCAUUUUUACAAAAUUAUUUCCCUUUAGGACGUUAAUAAUCAAUUAACAAAGCAAUUUAAAUGGAACAGCUGUUGAAUAGUGGAACGUUGCUGCCGUCCGACAGCUCUUGUUUAUUUUGUGCUUCAUAAGAUGAACACGAAUUGGCUUAAAUAUGCAAUUAAAAAAAUCUUAAAAGAGAUGUAGUUUACAAGGGAAAUACCGCCAUAACAAACUACUUUAAUUCAUUUUACCCCCGUUUGAGUUCUUGAGAAUGAUGCGUAAUACCAAUAUAUUCAUAAAACUUUCCUAAAGUAAUCGACGGAAAAGAUGAUCAUGCAUUUAUUGGUUUUAUUAUGCUAUUUUAUUUUUACUUGCCUAUCAUAUUCUAUAGAUCAUUUCGCAUGAACUACAGAAAUAUUAACUCAUGUCUUAAAUACUUGCAUUGUAUUUCCUUUCCAUUUGUUAACAAGGUUUGCUUAUAUAUUUCGUUAAAUUUAUUUAAUCAUCUUCCCGGUCAUUUAUUUCACAGUUUGACUGUACAACAGUUACUGUGACGUCGUCUAAGAAAGUUCUCCAUGACUACAUACAUGUGUAAACUGCGGCAUGUUACCACUUAGUGGCCUUAUCAUAAUUUUAGCGCAUUUCUUUUUGAAGUUCAUAUAAUUUGAAAAAUAACGAAUAGCGAGAAUAUAAAUAUUAAAUGUUUUUUUAUUAGAUUCGAAAAUUAAAAUAUAAGGAAAUUUCUCGAGAGCAACUGAGGAGCUUAAAUUCAAAGGUGAUUAAAUUGUUGAUUUGAAGUAAAAUAUAUUUGUACUUUGAUUGAAACUACAAAGAUUAACAUAUCUUAUCAAUGUUAUUUGUGUCUGUCAUAGCAGUAGUCUGUACAAAUAUAUUACUAAAUUGUUAAAGUGAUUGUGUACUGUAUGUAAACAAUUGUUUUCAUUUUAAGUUUUUUAACUUUUCGACCAACCAGUCAUCACAUGACAACCAUGUAUAAUAUAUAUUUGCUCUAUUCUUUUGAGUUUUGAUCAGUUCAGAUCUUAAAAAUAUUAUAUACAUUUUUACAUGACAAAAUUGACCUUUUUGUUAGAUAUAUUUUGCUGUUAUUCCAUUUUACCCCUGUUACUAAUUCCUUUUUGUGUAUGUAUUUGUUAUACAAUUGUUGAUUACCAUGAUUAUAUGUUUCCGCUGUCUUUUACAUGGAAACUUGUCACAUGUUUUUAUUGUCAGUUUUCUUGUAUGUGAAAGGGUGAUUGAAUGUAUGACACAGAUUUAGGCUUAAAUGACCUAUACUGAGUACAUCUAGAAACGCAACGCUUGGUCUACAGUCAAUAUUUUUUAACCGACGAUGUCUUGCAUUGGUAAUUGCAAAUGGUGGUUUUACGAGUUAUUAAUUAUGUGCCUGUUCAAAAGUGAAUUCGGAACUUUGAUAUAAUUCAAAUAUACUUGUACAAAGAAGUUACAAAGGAAAGUAUGAAAAACUCAAGGGUAUAAACGUUGCGUUUCUAGGUGUACUGAGCAUAUAUGGUGUACCAUAGCUGUGUUAUUUCAUGUUUAUUUACUUGAUAAUGUAUAAGUUUAUAACGUAAUAUUGUAUCUAGGGUAGAUCCUGGUGAUUGUUAGACGCAGCGGGCGUGCUCCACCCUAAAAUCCUGCAGGCACAUAUGUUCCGAUAACAGUGACGUAUUGCCUAUUUUUUCCUUCUUAAUUAGAUAAAAAAACGUCGAAGACAGCAAAAUUAGCGUUUUCCUCCGCACGAAAAUUUUGCAAUUAGUUUUCAGUACUUUUUAAAAUCUCUCGAACAUGUCGCCAACUGCGAAAGUGUGUAAUUUACAGUUAGCCCACAAAAAGCAUUUUGGCGAAGUGUUUGAAAAAAAGUACUGAAAACUGAUGACAGACGCUUUGUACAGAAGAAAGCACUCGUUUAGUUGUCUUCGACGCACUUUUUUUUAUGAAAAUCUGUGGAGUAAUAAAAAUAUAGGCACAAUGUUUCCUGAAUCAGGACAUUUCUCCAUUAGUACGGUAUUCAAAAGUCACAUGGAUUGGCCGCCCUGAUAAAGUUUGCAUAAUAAGUAGAAGUUGUUUUGAUUAUUUUUAGCUCACUUGAGCUCAGAAUGCUUACGGUGAGCUUUUAGUAUGAUUUAAACAUCCGUUUGUAUGGCAUCCACAAAUUAUUUAAAGAAGUUCUCCUACUAAACAUGCACCACGUGAAGGAUUACCAUCAAACUUGGUCUGUAACAUCCUAGUAAGGUCCUGCCCUUGUGUUAUAAUUUGGAAAUAGCAUGCAUAAUAUUUUUAUUAUAAAUUUAUAUCUUAUUGAUAAAAAUAGCCUCCAUGAAUUAAUUAGUUUUUCCUAACAUUCUACUUUUUGCCUAAUUUUGUUUGUGCCAUAUGACAUCAUUUUUCUGUAGAUGUAUGAUGGUUCCUACACCACGUAUUCCUCUACAAUCUUCUAGUCAAUCUACCGUUAUAGUGCAUUGCAUUGAAAAUUGAUUUAGGGACAAGUUCCAAUGAUGUUGGCAAUAACACAAAAAUAAUCUGAUCUGACUUGCGGUUCCACUGACAAAUACAUGUAGGAUAAUAAAAUGAAAUUUUAAUGAAUGUUCUGCAUUUAUUAGUCCCGUACUGGUUGAAAACCAGUUUUGGGGACUACAAGAAUGCGCUUUUCCGUCCGUCCGUCAUUCCGUCAUUCCGUCCGUCCGUCCGCAAUUUCGUGUCCGGUCCAUAACUCUGUCAUCCAUGAAGGGAUUUUAAUAUUACUUGGCACAAAUGUUCCCCAUGAUGAGACGAUGUGUCAUGCACAGCUUUCAGACCCCUACCUCAAAGGGCAAGGUCACAUUUUGAGGUCAAAGGUCAACAGGGCGUUUUUCCUAUCCGGUCUAUAACUCUGCCAUCCACGAAGGGAUUUUAAUAUUACUUGCACAAAUGUACCUCAUAAUAAGACGAUGUGUCAUGCACAACUUUCAGAUCCCUACUUCAAAGGUCAAGGUCACACUUGGCAGUCAAAUAUUAACAUCGCAUGAACAGGGUCUGUUUCGUGUCUGGUCCAUUACUCUGUCAUCCAUGAAGGGAUUUUAAUAUUACUUGGCACAAAUGUUCCCCAUGAUGAGUAGAUGUGUCACAUGCAAAACCCGGACCCCUAGCUGAAAGGUCAAGGUCACACUAUGAGGUCAAAUGUCAAUAUGUUUUUUUUCCUGUCCGGUCCAGACUCUGACAUCCAUCAAGGGAUUCUUAUAUUACUUGGCAUAAAUGUUCCCCAUGAUGAAACGAAGUGUCAUGCGCAACACCCAGAACCCUAGCUUAAAGGUCAAGGUCACACUUGGAGAUCAAAGGUUAAUGGGACAUUUUUGCUGUCCGGUGUAUAACUUUGGCAUGCAAAACAGGAUUUGAAUAUUACUCGGCACAAAUGUUCACCACUAUGAGAGGGAGUGUCAUGCACACGAACCUGGUCCCUAGGUCAAAGGUCAAGGUCACACACAGAUGCCAAAGGUCAGAUACAAGAAUGACUUUGUCUGGAACAAUUCUUCUUCAUGCAUGGAGGUAUUUUGGUGUAACUUGGCAUAAAUGUUCACUAACAUGAGACAGAUUGUUGUGCGCAAGAACCACAUCCCUAGGUCUAAGGUCAAGGGCACACUUAGAGGUCAAAUGCCAAAUUCAAGAAUGACUUUGUCCGAAGCAUUUCUUCUUUAUGCAUGGAGGGAUUUUGAUGUAACUUGGCACAAAUGUUCAUAACCAUGGGGCACUCUUGUUUUUCAGAAUUAUUUUCCUUUUUGUUACUGUAAAUAGCUUAUAUUGUAACUUACUUAUUACAGGCCGUAGAGACCAGUUUUCUGUGGUACAACGUGCAUAUUACAUCUAAUUUUUAGGUGUUUUUUGACCUAUCCCUACCUGGUAAAAAGUUUUUUGUGGAUUUUUUUUUUUUUUAAAAAAACGUUACCUUUUUGAUAAUCGGCCAAAAUGCUAUAUGAAAACAACUAUAGGAUUUUUUUUCUCUAUAAAUAACGUUUACUUACUUUUUUGAUAAUUGGCCAAAAAUGCUAUAUGAAAACAACUAUAGGGUUUUAUAUAUACAAAUUUUAAUCCAAGUCUUUGGUUUAUAACAUAAUGUAUAUAUAGUACAAUAUUGUUUAUACAUCAUUGACAGAUAUCAGUUCAUUAUGCUAUACUGCAGUAGAGAAAAUUAGGUGCCUUUCAGUAGGGGACUUUGUAUUGCAUGGCAAUACUUCAUUCACUUGUUAUUAUUUAAAAUAUUUAUUUCGAUAAUUAAUGACCAUUUUCUGUAACAGUGUAAAAGUUUACAACAGACAGCAUCCGCUGAUUACUUGUGUGUGAUUAGGUCUCAUAGUGAUGCUGAUAGAUCAUUUUGCCAGGACUUGUACAUGAAAUAACGAUGAUGCAUUAGUAACGAUAAAUUCUGAAUUGCGAAAGGUGGGCCAGAUUUUUAUACAUUUAUUUACAAGAUAAAAAGAUAAUUAUGUGAAGAGUGGAUUCAUAACUUUGGAUAUAACUUAAAUAUCAAAACAUAGCGACGUUAAACCCAACAAAAUAAAUAAAUAAAUGAACGGUCUCAAUAGGGCUGGGCAGGGAACCAGAGCUGCACAAUGUACUGUUUUAUUCCUUUGAUGCUUUAGAACACUCAGCUUGACUAAGUGUGCGAUAAAUGAGAUAAUUUUAAUCGAAAGAAAUCGUAAAAAGCGGGUCAGCAAUUUUGUUUAGUAUAUAGUUGUAAUAUGUGUGUCCCAAAUUAUAAAAAAUCCUUUACUGUUAUAUUAAGCAGCAUUAAAACCUUUAAAAGAA